AUGUCUCAAGACCGAACUCGCUUCCAAGACGGAUACCCUGAAGGAAAGGGAUCUGGACGUGGUUCGCUUGGAAUCGGAUCUGAAAGCCGCGAGGAGAAAGUCGAAGCAGCCGCCACAGGAAGAGAGCGACGGCGAGCUGCAGCAAAAGCUGCCGGAAGCCGUCCGAAAACUGAAAGACCGAGAGAGAUCGCACGCCGACAUGGAAGAGGAGUUGGAAGAGAAAGACGACAAAAUCAGCGUGCUGAAGAAAGAGUCGACGCUCGCCAAGACCGCGAUGUCCAUGUACGAAAAGCGGGUGGACGUCUUGGAAGAAAACCUGAAAACGGCUUGCAAGCGAUACGACGAGGAAGUGAAAAGCAGACGGAUUGUGGAGGCGGCCGCGAAAAAGGCAGACGAGCACGCGACGAACUGCGACGUACGUCCCGCGAUCUGGCGGCCGCCAAGGAAGCCGAGAUCAGGGUGAAGGCGAACCACGAAAAAAUCGAGAAUGAAAUUCCUCAGUGGAAGCAAUGGGUCGAAUUGAAGAAGGCACGCGACGAAACUCACGAAUCCCACGCCAAGGAACUCAGAUCGCUUCGAGACGAUCUCGGGAGGGAGAAAUCGGACGCUGAAACGAAACUUGCAACGGCGAAGGCGAUCCACUCGGACGAAAUCGAAAAUCUUCGAACGCAGAUAUCUUUCCUUACAGAAAAGGAAUCGAAACUGAGAAGAGACGCAGGUAAGUUUCAUGCGUCCCUAAAGGAACGGGAAGAGAAGCAUCUCGAUCGGAUAGCUAAACUGGAAUCCGAUAAGAUUUCACGAUCGGCCGAAGCGGAAGAGGCUUUUGACGAGUGCGCGUCCCUCUCGGAGAAACUGAAGCUCGCGACCGAUUCCGAACGUCGGUCGAAGGAGGACCUUGAUAGGUGGCAAGCCGAGAGGAGGUCGUGGCAAGCGACGGCAGAACGACGUUCGGCAGAUCUCGACAAGCUUCGCGACCUGCUGAAUACGUCCGAGAGAGAACGCGCAAAUCUUGAGUCCCAACUUUCGAACGUGGACAAGAAUGUAACGGAUUCGAAAGAAACGGAUUCGUUGAAGCGGGAGCUGGAAAGACAUCGACAGGAGAUCCGACAACUCGAACGACUUCUGAGCGACGAAAAGAGGGAGAAGUCGGGUGAAUCCAACGAAAGAAUGAUUUCGGAACUAAGUAAAGAACUCAAAACGGUCAUCGACGCGCGCGAUAGACUGGUGAAAGAGAACACCGAAAUGGAAAAGAGGCUAUCGGAAUCGGAAAAAGAUCUGUCGAAUUUGUACUACGAAUCGAUGAAAAAGGUUGUCCACCUCGAGAAUCGGUGUUUUCGAAGAACAAGGAAGCGGACGAAUUGA